CUUUAUAAAGCAGCAGCUUGGCAGUGCCGCAGAUUAAAAGAGCAAAACAAUACGUUCAAAGACCCCAUACUACUGGGUCUCAUCAGCAAAUACAGAUACUUGCUGACAAUUUAUGUUAUUUUUUUCUCAUUUGUUCCAGACUCUUAAAUUGGAGGGACGAAACAUGAGAAUACUUUUACUUCUAACUGCCAUCACUGCAGCAUCACAAGCCCAGACUGACUGCUCUCGGGGGGCUUGUUACCCCCCCAGCAAUGACCUGCUGUUCGGCAGGGCUCAGCUGCUCCAUGCCUCCUCCACCUGCGGCCUCAUGGGCUCCGAGAUCUACUGCACCCCAUACCAACAGAGGAAGAUGGAGUGUUGUCCAUGUGACUCCAGGAACCCAAACAGUAAGCUGGCCCACACUGUGCGGGACGCCCUGCCCACCUCUGGUCCGAAUCGGUGGUGGCAGUCUGUGAAAGAAGUGAGCCCGGUCACUCUCCAGUUGGACCUGGACAACCUUUUCCAGCUCGACAACGUGGUGCUCAACUUCAAGGGUCCUCGUCCCGGUUCCUUUGUCAUCGAGAGGUCGCUGGAUAACGGCCGGUCCUGGCAGCCUGCCCUCUACUUGGCUACUGACUGUGGAAGAACUUUCCCUGGCAUCCCCACAACGUCGCCUCAGCGCCUAGAUGACCCAUACUGCUCCACACUGCCCCCUACUGGGGCAAACCCCUACCAGGACCACCAAAUCACAUUCAGUCCUCUGCGUCAGUAUGCCAAUGUCCCCACUACUAAAAGCCAAAUAAUAGAAGAUGCGUCUCCGUUAACGGGUCUGAGGGUGAGGUUCACCGAGCUGGGAGACGUGCCGCGUCCUCCGGGCAGAGCUUUCAGUAGGUUCUUCGCCCUGAGGGAGAUGAAGGUGAUGGGCAGCUGCAUGUGUCACGGACACGCCAACCAAUGCCUGCCCGACACCAGCAACAACCUGCUGCCAGACAGCGUGCAGGUUCACCCUCGGUGUGACUGCCAGCACAACACAGCAGGGGUCAAUUGUGAGCGCUGUGCGGACCUCUUCCAGGAUCUGCCCUGGAGACCUGCUGAGGAUAGCAACCCCCACAUCUGCAAACGCUGUGAGUGUAACAACCACGCCCAGCGCUGCCGUUUUGACCAGGCACGGUAUGAGGCCACUGGGCGGAGGAGUGGAGGUGUAUGUGAGAGCUGCAUGCACCACACCACGGGGCCAAAGUGUGACCAGUGUGCUCCGGGCUUCCAGACGAACCCCCGCAGCCAAAUGGACCGCCCCGACGCCUGUAUCCGCUGCAUCUGCAACACCGAGGGGACAGUGAAUGGGGGCCGGUGUGACGAAAGCACUGGAUCCUGUCUGUGUAAAGAGAAUGUUGAAGGUCCCCGCUGUGACCGCUGUAAGAGAGGCUACUACAACCUGAGCCCCUCCAACCCCCUGGGCUGCUCCGAGUGCUCCUGUUCUACAGACGGCUCCCAGUCGGAUGCUUGUGACCCGAUUACUGGCAAGUGUUCCUGUCGCUCCCACUUCCAAGGCCUGAAAUGUGAAGUGUGUUCACAAGGCUACUGGCAACCGCCCUUCACAGGAUGCUGCCAACCCUGCGGCUGUGACUCUACCAGGUCAUACGGUGAUACAUGUGACCAGUUGACAGGUCAGUGUCAGUGCAGACCAGGCUUUGGAGGCCUGAAAUGUACAGAGUGUGCAGAGAACACGUACGGAGACCCCCUAAUCGGCUGCAAAUUGUGCCGCUGUGAUACUGAAGGAACUCGUUCAGAGGUUUGCGACAAGCGGACAGGCGCCUGUUUGUGUCGGCCCGGUGUCAACGGGACCCGCUGUGACUCGUGCAGUCGAGGGCACUGUGACUCCUUCCCCGGCUGCAAGACAUGUCCCUCAUGCUUCUUCACCCUGGACGCCCAAAGAGAGAAGCUCAGCUCCACUCUGGAGAAACUCUCCCUCAGAUUACCUUCCCGUCCCGUCGAUGGUGACCUUGGGAACUUCACACCUCGCAUUCGCGAACUGGAGACCAGCCUGAACCUGAUCCAGAACUCCAUCUCCCUUCCACCCAGUGUUGUCGUACAGGUUGAUGAUGCUCUCUCCGAACUCAACAAGCUCAGAGACCAGGUCGACAAGAUUAACAAUGACCUUUCACCUCUGGAGAGAGCUCCUGGUCUGAACUCAGAGCUGGACAGACUGCAGGCUCUGCUGGACAGCCUCAUUCUCGAACACAAAGCCAAGAUGGAUGCAAAGAACAACUCUGUCGGUCAAAACAAUACAGGAGCAUUGUCUGCAAUUAGGAACGCCUACAAUGAGUCCACAGAUGCAGCCAAGAAGGUGAUUUCCACCAAGAAGCCGCUGAAGGAGUCAGCUGAUAUCAGAGAAGCUACUAUGGACCUCCAAAAUAAAGUUCAGCCAGGCAACACGGGAGACCUGCACAAGCUGAACCAGAGCAUGGCCUCCCAGCCCAAUCUCACUCCUGCUGCCAAACAGGUCUGUGGCAGUGUUCGCUCAGAACCAUGCACCCCUCUGCAGUGUGCGGGCGGAGAUCUGUGUCCACCGGAUGGAACCCCACCUUGUGAGAAGAGUCAGGUGUGUGUAGGCGCCCUGCCUUUGACCAAGAGAGCUGACGCUGAUGCCAAAGACGUGAAAGACCGGCUGGACAAGCUCACAGGGAAGAUCACAGAUGCUGCAGAUAAGCUCCAGAAAACACAGGAGACAACCAACGAGGUAAGAAAGUCUGCAGAGAAGCUUUCCAACAAGCUGAAGCAGGCCAGAGACGGGCUAGAAGACGACUUGAAAGAGACGCGGGACGUUUUGAACAAGCUCAAAGAUUUCCUAUCAGACCCGUCCUCCAACUUGACCCAUAUCCAGGAGGUGAGUGACUGGAUCCUGAAUGCCAAACUGCCUCUCAACCUGGCAGGUCUGAUGAGAAAGCUGGAGGAGCUAAAGAAUCUGGCGGCCAAUCUACCAGACAGCUCAUCUGUGUUGAAUGAGGCCGAGCCGCAGCUGGACGCGGCCCGGAAACUGCUGCAAGAGGCCCAGGACGCCAGGGAUACGGCACUGGGAGUAAAGGCCGAUGUGGACGGGUUGCUGGAUGGCUUUGGCUCGGUAGAGGGCUCGCUCUCUGACCUGGAGGGCAGACUGCAGGACACCAUGGACGACAUAGACAACCUGAACACCAACCUGAUCGAGGUAGAAAAACAGCUUACCCCAGCUGAGAAGGCUCUUGAUGAUGCAUCAAAACUAAUAACGCCAAUGAAGCCUCAGCUGGACGAGCUCAAGGACCUGCUGCAGACUGUUGCCCCAUUGGCCCAGAAUCUUAAGGAUAAUGCAGAAAGUGCUGAGGAUGAAGCAGCUGCUGCAAACAAGGACCUGUUGACCCUGGAGGAGCAGCUGGGCCGUCUAAAGGACCAGGCUCCACCCACUGGGUCAGAAGGAUCGGAGUUGGGGGAUCGAGUGGAAAAGCUGCGGGAAGAAGCUGGAGCUCUCGUCAACUCCACUAACGACAUGAUGAAGGCUCUGGAAGGUAAAGCGGAAUCUCUCCGUGGGCUGCAGGAUGAGGUCCUUCAGAAGUCAACAGAGCUUGAAGGACUCGACGUUAAGCUUAAAGAACUUUUGGACCAACUUCGUCAGAAGGGUGAAGACCUCAGCACCUGUCAAGGCUGAAAGCCUCGGAGCAGAGCAGCAUCUGCUCCUGCCGCUUCACACCAGCUGCGCCACGUUCAUGACCUCCUACGGGGAGCAAACUAUCCACUUUAGGAAGGGGACCAUUCCGUCCUCUUCUCUGACAGUUGUCAAAUAAUUGUGGGCAAUGUAGAAAUUUCUAAUUGGGGGUUGAUUGACUUAAAGUUGGCAUUGCCUGUUUGUGAAGAACAUGGAUUGGCAGAAGCUAGGGUUGGUUUUGCAUUCGGUAUUUUUUAAGUGACAUGGUAUACGGAGUGAUUGUUACAUGGUUAAUAUAUAGAGCACAACAGGAGAGUGAGUCUGCGUGGGUGGGGUGGUGGAUAUACAAACACAGCAUUUUCCUGUGUUUGUAUAUCCAGGUGACUGAUGUUUGUGUCCUGUGUGAAGACUAAAGUUAAUCCUGGACAAUAUGUAAUGUAUUUCUCAAUAGCCCUAGACAAAAAGCUUUGUUACUAAACAUAAACCUAGCACAACAUUAACCGGGUGGCAUAUGGGUUUUUCUGAAAGCACUAUAAUAAUCAGAUUGAUAUGGAAUCUAUAGCUGGUAUAUUGAAUAAUACCCUUUGAAUGUCAUGUGACGUGAUUUUCAUCAUGAGUCAUUAUAGAAAAAGACAAUAACUUCUGACUAGCUGGGAGCAAAGACCGCAAACACAUUUUAUUUAUCAACGGCAAAACACUCCACCGCAUUGCACCUGAAUUAUUGAAU